AUGAUAAGCUUUCGUCCUUUGCUAUUCCUUCCUAUAGCAUUUCUGCUCGCAGCAGCAGCACCUGCUACUCCUAUUCCAUGUCGUCCCGGCAAUGGCACAAGUUGCGGCAUACAUGUCUUUCGAGUGGCUCUAUCUAGCCGACCGGAAGAGCAGGGUGCUAUUGUCGAAGUCAAACCUCGUAGAAAGUAUGGUAAUAAUGUCUAUGCACCGCGUGGGUCAUCUGAUUCCUUUAUUAUCAAAGAAAUAAUUGAUGCCAUGCCUGGCGAUGUUGAUCCUAAAGUUCGGGACAGAAUAAAAGAUGCCGACUUCGUCAUGUUACCGGAAGAGAAUUAUCAGCAACCAGCCAUAGUUCUUCAAGGUCGUGAUCCAGUCCCGGCCAAUUUUCAUAAGCCACAACCACCAUCUCCUACUGCUCCGGCUUCAACAUCUUCAUCGAGUUCUAACUUCAUGCAAUCAGCUGGAAUCAGUAUUCCACCGAUUGUGCGAGAGAAUCGUUCAACAGUUCUUAUUAUUAUGAUUCUGGUGAUUGGUAUUAUUAUUGGGAUUCUUGCUAGCGUAUUUGCUUGUGCCGUAUACUUGUGCUCAAGAAAACCAAUCAUUGAUCGAACUCAUAACACGGUAACUUAUCGUAAGCUUACUGAAACAGAACGAAAGCAACGUGAAACUCAGCAACGUUCUUUCGAUCCUAGGAAUCAUCGUAAUCCGAUGGUACGCAUCUCUUCAGGACACUCUAGCACGUUCGACUUUGCGUUAACCAAAAAACAACACGCCACUUCAAAUCACAGUUUGCGUAAUUUCGGAUCCGGAGCUAAUCCCCGUUUUCAACGCCGGGAUAAUCUGUCCUUGGCCACUAGUCGUGAUAGUCGUGAUCCACUUAUGUAA